ACUUGUUCAUGACGUCAGAAAGUGUUCACUUGGGAAGAAGGCAACACAUUGGUCAUACCCACUGUAAAGACAAGCAGAACGAUGGCUGCUGCAGCUUUUACAGCACAACAGGCCAUACAAGCAGGGGCUUGGGGAAGCCAGCCUCCAUCAGAGAAUGGAACAGGACACAGCAAUGUCUUCCAGAAUCCUGAAUGGGAGAAGGCAAGAAAGGCAUUAGAAAAAGUUCAAGGGGAAACUGGUUCUAGCACAUCUCCAAAUAAAUCCCAAAGUUCAACUGAACAACCAAGCGAUAACACUCAGAAUCCAGCUGCACAGUUGUAUUACCAGCAGUACAACUUGUACUACCAACAACAACAAACACCACAACCACAGUUUUAUCCAGGAACAAACUAUCCAGUUUAUAGCCAGCAACAAGGACCAGGUCCAAGGAUGCAUGGAAAUUUCAAUGGAUAUGGUGCCCCGCCUCCUCCACCACCAUCUGAGGACAGUCAAAGUCCAUCACCAAAUAACAUGGAUACUGAUGACAGACCCAUACAUAAUGCUAAUCAAAGUCAAAACCAAAGUAUGCAGCCACAGUUUCAGCCCAGACAAGUACCAAAUCAUGGGCCUCGUGGACCAAGAUUUCAGAACAGGCCAAGGCACCCAGGUGGUGUCCAGGGCAUACGAUUUCAGAUCCCAAAAAGACAACAAGGAGGUAACAACAGCAAUUAUCAACAAAAUUUAAAUCCCAGACAUUUCCCCCCUCGUGGUCCCCGCCCAGGCAAACUGCUAGACCAAAGACAGAAGCCUGAGCGUCAUGAAACUAUAUCAAACGAACAACAAAUGCAACCACCAUCUAACAGUCCAUCAGAUAAUGGAAUUAGCUCUGCUGACAGUGGGGAUGCAAAUAUUUCAGAAGCUGCCCACCAAGAAUGGCCUCCAGCUCUCAGACAGUAUGUCCAGAGGGCAUUUGCUAGUGCUAAAGAUGAAAGCCAAAAGGAUUCUAUACAAACCUUCCUGAAAGACAGUCUUACAAACAUUUUCAAAUCAGGCGCUGUUUUCACCAUAGAUUGGUCUAAAGAACCGCUGCCUACAGAACGUGUACAACAUAUGCAGCAACACACUCCAGUUAAACAAGUUCCAAAUAACAGUCACAUGGCAAAAAACAGUCCCUGGCAGCCUAAUAACAGUCGAGGCCGUGGUCGCGGAAGAGGACGUGGACGUGGUGCUCAGAUGUCGUCCAACAAGGCAUCUGCUACUGGUAGAGGUGUUUACAACCGGGACAGAGUACCCACCUACAGGUCAAGGUCAUAUUCCACUUCAAGCUCAAGCUCCUCACGGUCACGCUCAAGGUCUCCUGUACAUCGUAGAAGGCGUUCAAAGUCAAGGUCUCAUUCUCCAUCACCCUCUCAACGCAGGAGGCGGCAGAGGCACACCAGUUCAGACAGUGGCUCUAGUUUCUCUGAUGGUCCUUACCACCAACCCAAAGACCAGAGGAGAAGCGGCUUCCGGGGACGGGGAAGAGGAGCGAGGAAAUAUAGUCUUGAUGUGCAUGGAAAGGGCAAGGGAACCAACAGUAAAAAAUUCAGCAGUGAGGUGGCUUUUAACAAAAAGAACAACAAGAAAAGACCAAAAACUAAUUUUCCUAUGGAUGAUGAUCCUGAGAAAGAAGCUAAGCUCAUGAAGAGAGCAGCAAGAUUUGAACACCACUUGGGAAAUGAGGCAAAAAAGCAAAAACAGAAUCGAACACUUACAAUAAAUACAUACACAAAUUCAGAUGAAGAGGAUUUAGAUCUGUCCAGUUUUGAUGUGGUUGGAACUUGUCAGGACAUCGAAAAACCAUAUCUACGACUCACAAGUGCACCAGAUGCUAGUCAAAUUCGCCCAUUAGAAGUUUUGAGGAAGUCUUUAGAUCAUGUAAAGGAAUGCUGGGAAAAGAAGAAUAAAUACCAUUUUGUGUGUGAACAAUUUAAAUCCAUACGACAGGAUCUUACAGUGCAGGGUAUUCGGAGCAACUUCACCGUGGAGGUUUAUGAGACACAUGCCCGAGUGGCACUAGAGAAGGGCGAUCAUGAGGAGUUUAACCAAUGCCAGACCCAGCUGAAGCUGCUGUAUCAGGAAGGUCUACAUGGAAACCAACUGGAAUUCCUUGCCUACAGGAUUCUAUACUACAUCUUCACAUCCAACACGCUUGAUAUGACAACUGCCUUGGCAUCUCUUUCCUCAACUUGCAGGCAAGAUGAGUGUGUGUCAUUUGCAUUAAAAGUAAGGUCUGCUUGGGCCCUGAAUAAUUUUCACAAAUUUUUCAAAUUGUCAAAUCAUGCACCAAGAAUGUCUGGUUAUCUGUUGGACUGGUUUGCUGACAGAGCAAGGAAAACAGCACUGAAGACAAUUGUGAAGUCAUAUCGCCCAAUGCUGUCCGUAGAUUUCAUCCUGGCUGAAUUAGGCUUCCCAAACAUGGAGGAUUGUAUAGUGUUCUUGAAGGAAAAAGGGGCAGUCUUGACUCCUGAUGGAACCAGAGUGGACUGUAAAACAUGUGCAACAGCCAUUCAGGCCCUAUAGACUUUAAAAUUAUGAAGGCAGGUCCUUACAUCAUAUCUGCGAAAGGCGGGGGUUACCAUUUUUAUAGAUAUCAGUUCUAGUCUAAAUAUUAAACCGGAAAUCCAAGGCAAGGACUUCGUAGUAAAUCAUGUGGCACUGUCCAGUUCAAGUCAAUAGUUGUAAUUUUUUUUAAAGUUUUCCUAUGGCAGGCAUACGCAUUGCAAUGAAGAAAUAUUCAAGAUGAAGUUAAAUUUUCUAUUUCAUGAGAAGAAGAUCCAUAUUUCAAAGACUUGCAUAAAUAAGAAAGAAAAAAGUCCUGUUUUAAUGUGGAGCUCGAUCGGGUUGUGAUGACGGGAAUGGAAGUAAAUUCAAUCGCAGCCGUUUAUGUAAUUUCGAAGACAGCAAGUAUUUCAAGGACUUAAAGGAUUUCGUCUUCCACUCAAAUCAAAUGAUUAUUUCAGGUUUCAAAUCGAAUUAUUUUCAUCAUCCAUAGAACGUGCAACAGCAGUGAUGUUUCCAAGUUGAAAAGAGGUUGUUUUUUCUUCAUUUGCCCCCCUACCUAUUAUCCAUUAUCGCGUCAACAAGAAGUUACAACUUUAAGACUUUGUAAGCAGUGCCUUAUGUAAUCCUGAGUUAUUUUUGCAAGAGAAAUUUGUAAUUUACCAGCUAUGACAAGGAUGCAGAUGAAGUCUCCUAUAUUUGCCAAAUUUCCAACCAAGAAGUUAAGUCGAAAGUUAAUAUUAAUACCCAGCAUUUUGAUGGCACCAUCCAGAUAAUGGAAGAGGAAGGUGAGAAAGUCUACAGAUGGUCACAUCUAUCUUCCAUACAUAAGUUGUUGGUAGUUUGGGAGGUUUAUGUGGCUAGCCCGAUAGCUGCUGAUGUUGGCCAGUAUUCAUUCCUUGAUGUCAACCUUGCAGCCUGUUCUAUGAAUCUCAUCCAUCUUGGUCAUGUAUGUGUAAAUUUAUAUGUUGCUGUUUUUGUCUUAAUACUCAUGAACAUUUUCUUCUCCAAGGAUCAGGUUUUCUCCAACCAAAGCAUGAUCUUCAAAGAUGAGGUUUCCUUUGGUUAGAAACAUUAUUUAUUCUAAGUCUAAGGAGCAGACUUUCCUCCAAUUACAAAAACUGGUUCUCCAAGGAACAAGUGUGAAGAGAUUUUUUUUUAAUCAAUAAGUAAACUUAACCAUUCAAAUUAUGAGAAGAAUCCUGAACAAGUGAGUGUACACCUUUAAAGUGAAGAUUUGGACAUAUGUGUGUAAACUGAGCAGUGUCGUUUUAACAUGGUGUACUGAACUCGGUGUCAGAGGAAGAGGAACUCUGUAAACAAUCUUUAUUCUGUGCCCCAGUCCUGCAAUACAGACUAACAGAGUAGUUGAACUUCAAACUUUUGAAUCCAUUUUUUUCAGCAGAAGAUUUGGAACUGAAGUGUUGAAUAUUUGGACAAAUUCUUUUUUUAUUUUUCAGCUCUGGGCGAAAUGAAUUACUAGUUUCAUAUAAAAAACAAACUUAUUUUCAGUUAGGAACAUGUUACUGCUUUCUAUAAAGCUUGCUUUAUGUGACUCGUUUGAUUCUAAAUUACCAGGAAGAUUGAAGUGAAUAGGUUGUCUUUAUUUCAGUGAGACAAGUUUAGUGCUUGAUGACUUUGAAUGUGUAUGAGAGUGUGCAUGUGUCAAGGAGAAUUGCUGUAUCUGUGAUAAUAUGUUCCAUAUAACCAUUUUAGAUAAGAGAGAAAACAUACUGGCAUAUACAUGUGUUAUAUUUCUUAUUUCAGAUUGAAUGCCUACACAAUUGAAGGUUCGUUAUAUAUAUGUUUAUAUUGUAUACAAUGUGUUCAUUGCAAAUUUUUAAAAAGAGAAGAAAAUCAUGAAAAUAAUGAAUGAAAAAAUGAACAAAACCACUUUUUAUAGAUGAAGUGAAAGAAUAAAACUUUUUUUCCAGUAUGUUGAUUUGUGAAUGUUUUAUACUGCAUGUUGUUUACAUGACUUCACAGCAGAUAUAUUUCAGGUAUCGCAUUAUCUUGUGUUUUGCUCAAUUGAAAUGGCAUUUCUUUAUUUAAUGCAUUUGUAAGAUUAUGUAAUUAGUGGUAAGGGAACUGAUUACAUUUGUAAGAUUAUGUAAUUAGUGGUAAGGGAACUGAUUAAAUUUGUAAGAUUAUGUAAUUAGUGGUAAGGGAACUGAUUACAGUUGUAAGAUUAUGUAAUUAGUGGUAAGGGAACUGAUUACAG